AUGAAGCCUAGAACUUCGGCUCGGACCUUGUCUCUAUUCAGUUCCCCAUUUCCCCUCUGUAGGUCAGUUGGUCGGAUACGGAGACGCCAUGCUUUCUCUUCCUCCUCCCCCGCAUCGUCGCCGUCGAAACAACGCCCUUGGCUUCGAGUCGCUGUCGUGACCAUCGCAGCAGCUGGAAUUGGUGCUUAUAUCAGGUCCCAAGAAGGAUCGAAAUCCACAACGCUGAACCCCAUCACAUUUACUCCAUAUUUCCUAGUUUCAAAAGAGCCGGUAUCGUCGACCGGUAGUAUUUUUACUCUCAAGGCGCCUAAGCCGGCCAGUGAUAAUUGUCAGGUCUAUGAUGAAGCAUGGAAGACGGGUGUCUGGAGUGUGAUGUUCAAACAGCCGCAGCUACAGAUUGGAAGAGACUAUACACCUCUUCCUCCUACGUCGGCCGAGGAAAAUGAGGAGUCGCUACGCUUCUUCAUUCGUAGGGACCCUUUCGGCGAAAUGUCCCGGUAUUUGCAUGGUCUUGAUAUGGGAACUCGCAUAGAGAUGCGUGGUCCGCAGAUUGAGUGUGAAAUUCCUUUAGAUACCCAGCAGAUUCUCUUCAUUGCCGGUGGAACUGGUAUCGCUCCUGCCUUACAGGCAGGACAUACGCUCCUUAGCCGCACAGACGGAACACAUAAACCGAGGAUACACAUCCUUUGGGCGAAUAGGCGACGAGAUGAUUGUGUUGGUGGUACAAAUGACAAUACCAUGACGUCUAGAUCGCGAGCGUCCUGGUUCUCCGGACUCUUCAAGUCAUCACCAGCCGAUCCACCUCCAGCUGAUCCCGUGGAUAGGACUGCUCCUUUCCCUUCUCUCAUUGUCAGAGAGAUCGAGGCUCUCAAAUCUCAGUAUCCGGGACAAGUCACGGUGGACUAUUUUGUGGACGAGGAAAACACAUUCAUCGGGAAAAAAACUAUAUCGGACGUUGCGGAAUCUGCUAUUCCGGCUGAGGGACCUGAGAAACGCAAGAUGAUCUUAGUCUCGGGACCGGAGGGCUUCAUUAGCUACAUGGCUGGACCAAAGCUCUGGGCGCAAGGUAUGGAGCUUCAAGGACCGCUUCAGGGGGUCAUCAAGGAACUUGACUUGAAGGAUUGGGCUGUGUGGAAACUCUGA